AAGGCUGGGUUGGUGGCUCCAGUGGCGAUUUCCUCAUCUGUAGUCAUUCCUGCAAAACAAAUCUUGGCUAAGCUUUGUAUUGUAGCUAUUUGUGUCUACCUCCCAUCCUCCUGUGAGUUCCUUGAGGGCAGAAGCCGUGAAUGUUGCUGAAUUUCUAGAGCCCUGCAUGGGUAGAAGGAUCUGGUUUUUCCAUUGGUUGAUUUGACCUGGGAAGCAGACCAAAGGGGGCACAUUUCAAAUAGUAUCUGAGGGCCUGGUGGUGAGAAAGAACUGGCAGAGGUGGGCCCCUGCUGUUGGAAGCCCACAGGAGAGAUUAGCAGGGGAAAGAUGUGAAGAACAAAAUUCAGAAUGCUGCUUUACCACCUAGAGGAAGGGACUUCUCGGCAUCCCCCUGUCCCACGCCCAAAGCUGGGAAGGCUAAACAGAAAACAGAGAAGACCCGGAAGUUGUGAGGACCUCCAAGCACGUGAUGGGGAAAAAAACAAACAAACCCGGUGCUGUCACGUGACUCGCCAACCUGGCUGUACUUCGGAGCUGAACGUUCAGCUGCUCUUAAAGGUCGGAGCCAACCCUGAACUGUCACUGACUUUGAAAGCUUCGAAGAUCUGAACUUGAUGCCAUGGGAGGCUGUGCGGGCUCUGGUAGGCGCCUUUCGGAUUCCGACGGGGAGGAGACCGCCUCGGAAUCUCGGCCCGCUCUGUUGGACCGCCAGGGCGUCGACUGGAGGAGGAACGGGAUGGGUUUCUGCGCAUCAGAGUGGAUCAGUGGAUGAGAAAUGCCCAGGAACUGAAUCAUGGCUCCUGGGCCUUUGCAACAACUUCUCUUACGUGGUGAUGCUCAGUGCUGCCCAUGACAUCCUUAGCCACCAGAGGGCAUCUGGGAACCAAAGCCAUGCUCUUCCCUUCCAUCAGGUGGACCCAGACCUAGCACCCACACCCCACAAUAGUUCAUCUCGAUUUGACUGCAGUUCUAUCUCCACAGCUGCGGUGCUCCUCGCAGAUAUCCUCCCCACCCUCGUCAUCAAAUUGCUGGCUCCUCUUGGCCUUCAUCUGCUGCCCUACAGCCCCCGGGUUCUCAUCAGUGGGAUCUGUGCCGCCGGAAGCUUCCUCCUUGUUGCCUUUUCUCAUUCCGUGGGGACCAGCCUGUGUGGUGUGGUCUUGGCUAGCAUCUCAUCAGGUCUGGGAGAGGUCACCUUCCUCUCACUCACCGCCAUCUACCCCAGGGCUGUGAUCUCCUGGUGGUCCUCAGGUACUGGGGGAGCAGGGCUGCUGGGGGCACUGUCCUACCUGUGCCUCACACAGGCUGGCCUCUCCCCGCAGCACACCCUGCUGUCCAUGCUGGGCAUCCCAGCACUGCUGCUGGCCAGCUAUUUCUUUUUGCUCACAUCUCCUGAACUCCAGGACCCUGGAGGGGAUGAAGAGGCAGAGACAGCAGCUCGGCAACCCCUGAUAAACAGCGAAGCCCCACAGUCAAAGCCAGACUCCAGCUCAGACCUCUCCAUUCAGGAAAGGUGGACUGUGUUCAAGGGCCUGCUGUGGUACAUCAUUCCCUUGGUUCUGGUUUACUUUGCUGAGUAUUUCAUCAAUCAGGGACUUUUUGAGCUCCUCUUCUUUCAGAACACAUCCCUGAAUCAUGCUCAGCAAUACCGCUGGUACCAGAUGCUGUACCAGGCUGGUGUCUUCGCUUCCCGAAGUUCUCUCCGCUGCUGUCGCAUCCGCUGCACGUGGGCCCUGGCCCUGCUGCAGGCUGAAGUACUUUCACAUAGCCAACAUUCAGUUUUUCAAGAUCACAUGUCUACAGCUGCUGAAGGUCUCUGAACUCACCUCAGAGUAAUGAAUCAGAACCUCUGAGGGCGAGCCGUGUGCGAGUAACGAGCUCCAGGCGAUCUCUAUGUACUAUGAAUGCCGUAGUGGCCUACACACUGGGAAGGCAGCCCUAUGUGCUCAAGACUGGGGCAGUGGGAUCCCCUGAAGAACUGGGGUGCAGAGGAGGGACCUAACGCCCUCAGGUGGGGUCAGAGAGGCUUCCUGGAAGAUGUGGGAACAUCUAAGUCAGAGGUCCUCAGACCUGGCACUAUUGACAUUUGGGGCCGGAUCAUUUUGUGUUGUGCCAGCCUGUUCACUGUACGAUGUUGAGCAGCAUCCAUGGCCUCUACCCAGUAGAUGUUGGUUGCACUCUCUCUCCCCAGUUGUGACAACCAGGAACAUGUGCAGAUGUUACCACAUGUUCUUUGGGUGGCAAAGUCACACCCAGUUGAGAACUGUUGGUCUAACCAUAGCCUGGUCUAACAGUUUGGUAAAGUGGUGGGAAACUCUAUUCAGGAAGUCCGUGGGAGGAGGAACAUGAUGACGGGAGAGUGGCCCUGAUCUAAAGGCUCAACUGUGAAAAGUGGUGACUAGGAGAUCCCAAAUGAGGGAAGGGGGGUUAGCAUUCGGUGGUAUGGUAGGAGGGACAUGAGCAAAAGGCAUGGUGUGGGGUGCUGAGAUGGGGUAGGGAGGCCUCCCCUAGGUCCCAGGGAAUGUAAGCCAGCUGGGUGUUGAGAUCUGAUCCAGUCCUGUCAGCCCUCUCCCCCAUCAGCAUCUCCCAGAUGGGGUGCUGGAUGGGAUGGCAGCUUUCCUUCCUGCCUGCCUCCAGUCCCAGCCUCAGCCCUGUCCUCUGCAUGCAC